GCUGGGUUGUGUUCACAGCUGACGUGGUCUCCCUGGGAAAAGUUGAAGUCAGGAUGGCUGACGAUAGCAGGCAAAACAAGCUGGCUUCUGCAAAGAAGAAGCUUAAGGAAUUUCAACAGAAGAAUAGCCCUUCAACAACAUCAGGAGCCAAAAAGAAGAAGAUUAAGUCAAAAAAUGGAAGCCGUCCUGACACUCCAACAGGAGACAGACAGUCCCCAGACAGUAUUCAGAACAUUCUGAAGGUGCUGGUCUCAGAUAUUAAUAAAUCCAAUGGGGUAGUUAUACCUUUAUUGGACAAAAGGAAGGUCUAUUUGGAUGGUGAAGUUGCCAACUACAAUGCUGAACAGCUGUCAUCAGAAGCUUUCUCCAGCAAUAACUUGACUAAUUCUAGUUCCUUAACUCUGCAUAUGGUUGGCACACCGUCUGUUGACUCUCUGCUACAGGUACCUGACAGAGAGAGUGAAAAUGAAAGUGCUGCGGAUAUUAACAACAGAGCUCUGUCAUCAACCGAAAGCCUUCGUCAGCUGUCUGAGCAACUGAAUGGUUUGGUAAAUCAGUCUACAACAUACAUCAAUGGGGAGAAUACCCCUACUAAUCCCACUGCCAAGGAACUGGAGACACGAUACCAGGAACUGGCUCUAGCUCUAGAUACCAGCAAUUUAACAAACAAACAGCUCAGUACAAAGAUAGACGAAUUGAAACAAACCAAUCAAGAGCUUAUGGAUCAGAUGCAGAAGGUAUUAAAGAAAAUGGAGGAAAAGGCUAAAUCAAUGCAAACAGUGAAAGAUUUUCUACAGGUGCAUAUCCAGACUAUUGGAAUCCUAGUUUCAGAAAAGUCUGAACUACAGACUGCACUCUCCCAUAUACAGCAAGUUGUUCGCCAGAAAACAGCUGAAGUUGAAGAUCUAAACAACAAAUUGCAGUCCUCCCGACAAAGGAUAGCUGAACUGGAAAAGACACUGUCUUCCAUCUCAUUACAACAGAAACAGCUUGAAAAACUUAAUAAAGAAUUUGAGAAGGACAGGGAUAACUUCAAGCAGGAAGUGCUUAAACUGAGGUUUACCAGAAGUCUCUCUGAAACAUGUGGACAGAAUGAUGAGGAAAUUCCUCAGGACCCAAAUUCAUCUGGGAGUCCUUCCAUCUCCCAUUGGACCUGUGAGUUCUCAAGCCAGUCAGAACUUCCGGACAUAAACCAGCAACUACAGAUGGCACUUGAGGAGAAAGCAGAAAAACAAUCUCAGAUUGCCCAGCUGUCUGAAUCUGUUCGCCAGCUUCAUGCAGAGAGAGACCAGUAUGCUCAGAAACUUCAAGAGGAGGGACUUGUCUGGCAACAACGGGUCCAACAACUCUCAGUUCAGGUACAUGCACUUUUGGAGGAGAAAGAGAAAUGUGCCUCUCAGAUAUCUGAGCUUGAGACUUCUUUAUCUGACCUACAAAAUAAAUCAGCACUAUUGCAGACAACAGAAUCUGAGAGUUCAGUCACACCUCCAAUCCAGGGACCAACAGAUGCUGAAGUGGCACUUCAAGAAGACAUUCGGAAACUUCAGGAAGAGAAAGAGGCACUCAGCAUUCAGUAUCAAGUUCAGGUUCGUGAUAAUGAACAGCUAAGUCGUCUUAACCAGGAGCAGGAAGAGCGAUUGUUGGAACUAGAAAAGACUGUCCAACGAUAUAACGAGGAAGUAGUGGAUAGGCAGCAAAUACUGGAAAAUAUGCAGAGUGAUAAGAUGACUAUCAGUAGAGCACUGGCUCAGAACAAGGAGUUAAAGGAGCAGCUGGCAGAACUCCAGAAUGGAUUUGUCAAACUGACUAAUGAGAACAUGGAACUGGCAAGUGUGAUGUCAAAAUCACAACUGUUGAAAGAGUUGCAGGAGCAGAGAGACCAAUUUUAUGUCCAGCUACAUCAGUAUACAGAAGCAUAUCAGCAACUAGCAACAGAGAGGGAGGCACUUCAUAAACAGUAUUUGCAGCAAGUACAGUUAAUGGACCAACUUCAGCAUGAAGAGGUCCAAGGCAAGAUAAACAUUGAGAUCCACCAAAAGGAACUAACAUUGGCAAAGGAAAAGUUAGAAUUGUUAACCAAGGAGAAUCAGGAGAUGAAGCACAGGAUUGGUCUUAUGGCUGCAGAACUUGAAACUGGUGAUUUAGCUCGGAUGCAGGAGAAUCUAGGGAAGUUAAUACGUUUGUGUAGUAUGUUUACACCUUGGCACUGUCAAUUAAAAUAUACUUCAUUUUUAUUUGUGCAUCUGCAGUUUCGGUUUACAGCACUCAUGCAAGAAAAGGUUGAAUUGAAGGAAAAACAGGAAGAGUUAGAACACCGUUGCAUUCAACUUUCUGGAGAAACUGACACUAUAGGUGAGUACAUCGCUCUGUAUCAGAGUCAGAGAGCUGUUCUUAAGCAGAGGCACCACGAGAAGGAUGACUAUAUUAACAGGUUGGCACAGGACAAAGAAGAAAUGAAGCUGAAGUUAGCAGAGCUGCAAGAACUAGUCAUGCAACUGGUGAGUGAGAGGAAUGCGUGGUACAGCAAGUAUGUCAAUGCAGUACAGAACCCAGACAUGCUGAACAGGGAAAUUAACCAGAACACAGCACCAGCAGAACAGCGAAUAGAACUCAAUGCUACGGAUGGAGAAGAAAUGCCAGAAAUCAGUCUGUUGGAUGAGCCAGAACAAGAACAUUCUGUCAAGAAAACUUCCUCUUUAGCAAAUAACAGAACUCCACACGGCACUCAGAGCCAUCCACCCAAUGAGGACUUGACAGCUAAACAAAUCAUGCAGCUGCUACAAGAAAUCCAAAACCCACAGGCCAGACAGAAUUCUUUCCUAGGCGAAAACCCAUGCAUUCCUUUCUUCUACCGAGCAGAUGAAAAUGAUGAAGUCAGGAUUAUGGUCAUCUAACUAGAGAUUAUAUUUUAAUCACAAAUGAUGUAUUUAAAUGUACAUAGCAGUUUAUGUAAAAAUAUAAUGACCCAAACUUUUUUGUUCAGAAAAAUAGCACUUUACUGUUUUUUAAUAUACUGUACUGUAGCUGCUUUUAUUCGCAGAAGUAUAUGUAGUUUAUUUUUGUCACUUCUCAGUUAAUGUACAGUUCUGCUUCCACCCCAAAAUAAGUUACAUUGCCUGGAGCAGUGAUUUACAGUGAGUUGAGUCUGUGUAUGUUACAAGUGUUACAAGUGUGUCUGCAGACAAAAGUCAUUGAACAUCGCAUCUUUACAGCUUUAGAGGUCUCGCAGGCUGUGUAGUGCAUCUGAAUUCUUGUGUUUGGAUUCUAAUGGGCUGACUGCUUGUUUGCACUUAUGAUUACUGUAAAAGGUUAUUACUUGUGUUGCUGUUAUACCAUUUGCAAUUUGAAGAAAAAUUUGCCUGUACAGCUCUGGUGCUGUGAUUACCUCUCUGGCAGGUGGUUCAUACUGUUCCUGAUGUUGUUAUAUUGAAAUAUCCAAAUGCAUCACAGGUAGUGAUGUAUCAGUGGAGUAUUGCCAGCAAUUAGCAGGCCCACUGAAUCUAGUUGAUAGAAUUGCUGGCUGAAGUAGAUGUGAAAAUAAGAAAUCAUUCCAGCUCCCAGCUGUUUGAUGGUCUGUUAAUUGCAGGGCAAGAGUUUCGGCAAGUUUUUCAGGCUAGAGUUUAAAAUGCAGAAAAGCCAUAAUCUGCAUGUUUGACACAUAAAGUGUACCUCAGCAUCUUCCUGUCCCCUUACAGUAGUUUUAUGGGAAUGUUGAGGCUUGCUGUCAGCAUGCAGGCCAUAUUUCCUCAUGGAAAAUGGAUGAUUGAAAUGCCCUUUGGGUCUCUUAAAGUACAUAAACUGCUCUGUGCUUCAUGUUUUCUAUUUGUGAAUGUAAGAACAUGGUAAGGAGAACUAAAAUGCACUUUUUAGUGGAGUGAAGAACUGAUGCAUUUGUUUUAAUCUGGUAAGAAAUUUAUCAGCUCUCUGUAAAUGUGCAGCUAUUGUGAUGGAUUUCUAUUUUUUCAGUGCUUCUCAGAGUCCAUUUUAAGAGGACCUUCCUUCCCAGGGAAGAUAUGUAAAACAAAAAAUGCCAGUACAUUUCAGCUUGUUUUCUAAAAGUUGCAUACACUAUUGUUCUUUUGGGGAAAUUUAAUCCACCCGGAUUGUUAGCAGUUACUGUUUUCUAACCUUGUGUAUGUACCUUUAGGUUUGAAAUUGUCAGAUACUUUAUCGCUGUAGUGUCAGCGAUAAAGAAGUCUCAUCAGACAGGUAAAGUUCAAGUUACUGUAUGUGCAAAAUAAAUGCAGAAUGUAGACCAGGAAAUGCAUACAGUAUGUAUGCAGCGAAAUGAAUUGUUUGAGUACAGUGUAUUUGUAGACAGUUUUUUUUCCCAAAGGUUCACCUGUAAUACUUAAAAGUACUGCAUUUUUCAGAGUGAUUUUCUAAUACUUGCUUCUGUUUGUUUCGGCAGUUCAUAUCUUAGUUGGGUAAACUUAUAAUCUUUAAAAUACAGCAGUUGUAAUACCCUGAGAGCUAGAAGAGAGUUGGAAACGAUGUGAGUUGUUUAGGUCCGUUAAUACAUCUUGAAAAUCAGUUUCACAUCUGCAGGCUACUUCCUAUAUUUAAAACCUAGUCCACUAACUUCAGGUAGUUUCUGCAUUUACAGUAACCAAGACAACACAAAAUGUCUGUCUGGUGAUUUUAGAGCAUACUUUCAUAAAAAGUAAAUUUGAUUGGCUGGUUUUUCUGUCAUGUGUCAUUGAUUGCAAAACUUCCCUCAUUUUAUUAAAAUCACUCUGUUAUGUACACCAUGCUGUCCACAUUAGACUGCUUAUAAAAGUCAGUCUUUUAAACUGAAAUUCAUAGUGUAUAAGGUGAGUUUUAUGUAGGUAAAUUGAUUGGUGGCUUCCAGAAAGUUAUAAGCCAGUAUCUUCAUAAAUUUAAGAAUAUUUUGAAAUUAAAUUUGAUCUGGCAACUUGUUUUAUAUGAAGUUUGGAGUACAAAGUUGAGAGAUUUAGAAAAUAGCAAGCUGUUACUGAGAGAAGACGUUUUAAUUAAAUUAGGAAAAUUGAUAGUAUGGUUUAAAGAUGUUGCAGUAUACUAAUGCACUGUGAAGAGGGAGCUUUGAUUUUUUUUCUUUAGAACAGAGAAGAUAUGGAACCUUUCUCAUGAAAAUAUGCAGAGAAGGGCAGCAUGUUUUUAUGGUAUUGCUCUAAUCGUUUACAUCUUAUACUGUGCCAA